UGUAGCAGGAUGCGGUGAGCUAAACCACGAGAGUAUCCGCUAUCGCAAUGUUAUCGACGUUCGACCCCGUUUACAGCGAUAUAUACAUUCGAUCGCUUCCUCACCAUCGGGGCAGAGGUCGACCUGAUUUGGCGGCGCAGGAGUGUGUCUGUAGCUACUGGCCUAUACAUUCUGAUGCACCUAUCCGCAGCGAUGUGUUUGUAUAUACCUGUAGUCAAUCUUGAUGUCACAAGCUGCAAGCGGCUACAUCUUAUAUGCAGUGAUUGAUUGUGCCGAAGCACUGUUUCAUUUUGCCACUGGCGCUUUCACGGCAUUGCGUGCCUACGCUAUCAGUCGUCGCUCUAUGUUCCUCGCAGUUGCGGUCUUCGCAUUCUCUCUGAUGGCGAGUGCAGCGGACAUAUACGCAGUUAGUGCAGCAUAUGAAGUCACUGUGGCCUAUCCUGUUGGUUGUGUGCUUGUAACUGACGUCAACACCAUUUACAAAGCAUUGACCAUCAUUGGACAAGCCUCUAUUUUGACUUCCGAGCUGUUGUUGGUUUUGGCAACCUGGCGCCACACACACACAAGCAAAUUGAGGGAGGGAAUGUACGCCAACAUCUCCCUUACCAUAGUGAUCAUCAGAGAUGGUACCAUAUAUUUCGUCACGAUUCUCAUUCUUCUAGUCGUGGAUAUGGCACUUAAUUUCAUAAACGCUGUUACUAAUGGAUAUGUGGCGCCUAUCAUACGCGCACUCCAAGUGGUUCUCCUGUCUCGCUUUUACAUCAAUUUGCACGAAGCAAAUUCAAUGGACCAGCCUUCCGCCGAAUCGCAGAUGUCCGACCUACGUUUCACGCGGGUGGUCGGGAGUCUCGCUCGCUCAUUCUCCUAUGGUACAAACAGUCUCGAGCCACCGGAAGAAGACGUCGACGAAUCGGUGGAGGUGCUGGCGGCGACAGAUGGCUCUGAAGAGCUUGUAUCCGAGGAGGGUAGUGUCGGAGCCGAUCCCUCGUCCGCCGAAAUAAUCGCCGUGUAAUCACUUGCUUCCUUCCCCUACCAAGUACUCUCAUUGUAACUGCUCCGCGGUCCUUACUAUUUAACCUUCAGUAAUUUAUUU